AUGGGAGUGGAUGUCCCUGGACUGGCGGCUGUGGUGGUUUUUUAUGUUUUCAUCCUGGUAAUUGGAAUCUGGGGAUCCAGGAAGUCCAAAAAAGUGGAGAAGACAUGUGCCGACAGCAAGAGCGAAGUGACUAUCGUUGGUGGGCGCAACAUCAACGCCCUGGUCGGGGUUUUUACCAUGACAGCAACUUGGGUUGGAGGGGGUUACAUCAUGGGAACCGCUGAGGCUGUUUAUUCUCCUACUCAAGGUCUCAUCUGGGCCAUUGGUCCUCCUGCAUAUGUUAUCAAUUUGUUUUUGGGAGGAUUGUUUUUUGCCAAACCCAUGAGGUCGAAGCGUUACGUGACCAUGCUGGACCCGUUUCAGAAUCGCUAUGGCAACGUAUUCACUGCAACGCUCCUGCUUCCUGCUUUAGUCAGUGAUAUUUUGUGGGUUGCCUGCAUCCUUGCUGCUCUGGGAGGAACGAUGAGCGUGAUUCUCGGGCUGUCGUCCGCCAUCUCCAUCGUCAUCUCGGCUGCUGUCUCCAUCAUAUACACGUUCCUGGGAGGUCUCUACUCGGUGGCAUAUACUGAUAUCAUCCAGCUUGUUUUCAUCUUUGUCAGCCUGUGGCUCUGUAUUCCUUUUUUGUUGCUCAGUCCUGCAGUUACUGACAUCUCACCAACGACCCACCUCAACCAAUCAAGCGGACACUCGUGGCUCGGGGAGCUGGAGCUGGCAGAUGCGGGAAAAUGGGCCGAUGACGUGCUGCUACUGGCUUUAGGGGGACUGGCAUAUCAAGCUCUAUACCAGAGAAUCCUCUCUGCAGCCUCCUCUGCUCAGGCUCAGGUCACCUGUUUUGCUGCGGCUGGGACAAUUUUUAUUAUGGGAAUCCCUUCUGUUGUCAUUGGAGUUGUGGCUGCUUCUGCAGACUGGAACCAGACAGAGUAUGGUCUACCUCCUCCUUUUGAGCGAGGGGAUGCAGGGAAGAUCCUGCCACUUGCCCUGCAAUACCUCACACCCACCUGGGUCUCAGUGUUAGGCGUUGGUUCUGUGGCUGCAGCAGUUAUGUCCUCCAUGGACUCUGUGCUGCUGUCCUCAGCAUCCAUGUUUACGCAAAACAUAUACAAGACGACUUUGAGGAAGCAGGCGUCGGAGAGGGAGCUGCAGUGGGUGAUCCGCCUUAGCGUGCUGCUGGUGGGCCUGGCAGGGACAGGCCUGGCCUUUGGUGAUGACAGCGUCUUUGCCCUCUGGAUACUAAGCGGGGACCUCGUCUACUGCUUGAUCUUCCCACAGCUGGUCUGUGUGCUGCACUGCCGUUGUGCCAAUACCUACGGUGCUAUUAGUGGCUACGUAGUAGGUCUGCUGCUGCGCUUGAUGAGUGGGGAGCCAGUGCUUGGGAUCCCUCCUCUCCUCCUGUACCCUGGUUGGAGGGAGGAGAACGGAGUUGUCACACAGCACUUCCCCUACAGGACUCUAGCCAUGCUGUCCUCUGUGUUAAGUGUUGCUGCGGUGUCCUGGCUGAUGGAGCUGGUUUUCAGUAAACAACUGAUUCCUCAAUCCUGGGAUAUACUGCGAGUGUUCGAAGAGAAAAUAGAGACAGAGGGAGAGGAAAUACCUGUCCACUGCGAGGAUGACGACAGUGCUCGUAAUACAAAAUUCUAGGCUAAUUUAAGUACAAACCUCAAAGUAUACCUAAACCUGCACAAUCUCUGACCACAGGUAUGCUGAGAGGGAUUCGGGGAGGCAGCUGAGUCAUUCAGUCUUUUUUUUUUUUGUUUUUAAAUUUAGAAUAUUUUUUGACAUGUUGCUUUUAUUAGAUAGAUAUAGUGGACAGAGACAGAAAACGUAGGGAAAGAUAGCAGGGGACUGACAUGCAGGACAGGGUCCAACCCGGCAGGGAAUCAACCUGGGGGGGCUCGCUGCUUGAGGGCAUUUGCGCCCAUGUCGUAUUGAUGCUGACCACUAGUGUUUCUCUAAAACUAAAUUAUUGCAGGGUCACAUAUGAGGACCCGACAUUUUGGAACUUUAGUCUUGUCCACUCAAACUUUUUUGAGCAAAUUAAACUCGGCACAGGUGAUGCCAUUUUCGUGCAUUCACCGAUAUAACACUUUCUAAGAGGCAGUUUUGCCUCUUUGCAUUGAUUUAGCGCGAAGAGCACAAAGCUUUACCGCAGUUGGAGAUGCAGUACUUGAGUACUCUGAGUGUCCCUCAGCAACUCACAAGAGGUGCCUUUUGGAAUAAGUGUUAACUGUCAUAUUCUUUCAAGGGAUCAUUAUUUACUGCCAUCCAAAUAGAGAAUUACACUUAGUCAUUCCUUCUUGAGUCAUCCGAUUUUUAGAACAGUUUUUGUUCGACCAUCUCUGACUUGCCUGAAAAUUUAAGGAAAUUUUAGCUUGACACAUCAAACACUUUACAAGACAACGUUUUUUAAAUAAACUGCCCGUCGACACACUUUCAACACGUUUUUUUGCACGUUGAAUUUUGAGGCUAUGUUUGAAUGACAAGAUCUCAGGAACUAUUAAAGAUAAAGGGCCGUAAUGUUCACUUAUCUUUCUCAUUAUGCCAUCGAUUCAGAAUCUGCAAUAUUAGACAAGUCGAUCAAAUGACUUGUGAUUAUGAGUGAGUUGAAAUAUUUUUUUAAAAAUGGAAGCUCUCUUGGAAAGUCCCAUCUUUGAGCACACACAAAAGUUGAUGAUGCAGAAGUGAACUAGUGAUAUUUUCUGAACCACAUCUAGUUGCGUGUAACAAUAAUAGAAAACGAAACAUAUAGAAUCCUUUUUAAAUAUGAUGUACUUGGUGACAAAAAUG